CUGAGGACAAAAGGGUCUGGCUGGGUCGGGCGGGGCGUUGUCUUCGUCUGGUUUAGGGUUUCAGCGGAGGAAGUCUUGAGUUCCAAAAUGUCACCGAUGCAGCAAGAUGAAGAAGUAGGAGGAGAAGGAGGAAUUGAAGAAGUUAACCGAGAAGAAGCUGAUCGGAGAUUGCUGUCGAAGGAAUUGGAGAAUUCAGUUGCAGCUCACCCGGAAGAUGCCUCCCUUCGCUUUCAACUGGGGGUCUCCUUAUGGGAGAAUUCUGGGGACUCGUCCGAAUCCAAGGAGAAAGCGGCCGAGCAUUUCGUUGUCUCCGCCAAAUACAACCCCGGCCAUGGUCCUACUUUCAGAUACUUGGGCCACUACUAUUGCCGUGUCUCCCUCGAUUCUCAGAGGGCUCUCAAGUGUUACCGCAGGGCCCUCGCCAUAGACCCUGAUGACUCGGAAUCUGGGGAAGCCCUCUGCGAUAUGCUAGAUAGCUCCGGAAAUGAGACCCUGGAGCUGGCUGUCUGCAAGGAGGCUUGCGAGAAGUCGCCAAGGGCCUUCUGGGCUUUCCGCAGACGGGGUUACCUUCAUCUCGACCAGAAAAGAUGGUCUGAAGCUGUCCAGUGCCUUCAACACGCCAUUCGUGGAUAUCCUGCUUCUGCUGAUUUGUGGGAGGCACUGGGUCUUGCCUACCAGCGGCUUGGCAUGUUUACUGCUGCUACUAAGUCAUAUGGUCGCGCCAUUGAGUUGGAGGAUACAAGAGUCUUUGCUCUGGUUGAAAGCGGAAACGUCUUCCUGAUGCUUGGUUCCUUCAGAAAGGGAAUCGAACUAUUUCAUCAAGCCCUUCAGAUUUCACCCAAAAACAUAUCAGCAAACUACGGGCUGGCAUCUGGACUUCUUGGGUUAUCAAAGGAGUGCAUGAGUUUGGGUGCAUUACGAUGGGGAGCUUCAUUGUUGGAGGUUGUUAGAAUUUCAAGCUGUGUUUUUGUCUCUGACAUAUCUGCGAUCAGAAAAGGAACUUUCUCACAGUUGUUUUUUCAAUACGGCCAGGAUGCCAGUAAAAUAGCAGGUGCAAGUGCUCAAUUGGCUGGAAACAUUUCGUGCAUCUGGAAGUUGCACGGUGACAUACAGCUCACUUAUGCAAGAUGUUUUCCAUGGGUGGAAGACGACAAAAUGAUACAAUCUGACGCAAAAGCUUUCAAUGGAUCCCUUGUUUCUUGGAAGCAAACCUGUCUUUUGGCUGCCUUCUCUUCCAGAAGGUCAUACCUAAAGGCUGUGCACUUGGCCCCAUGGCAAGCUAGCAUCUAUGCGGACACCGCGAUAGCUUCAGAUAUGAUUUCAUCUAUGGAGGACGAGGAUUCCAGUCAUGAUCUGUAUUCUUGGCAGCUACAAGAAAAGAUGGCUUUGGGAGCAUUGCUACUUGAGGGUGACAAUUAUGAGUUUUGGGUGACACUGGGUUGUUUGUCUCGUCAUACAGCAUUGAAGCAACAUGCUUUAAUCAGGGGUUUGCAGUUGGAUGUGUCAUUAGCUAGUGCUUGGGCAUACCUUGGGAAGAUCUACAGAGAAGAGGGCGAGAAGAAAUUAGCAAGACAGGCUUUUGAUUUUUCUCGAAGCAUAGAUCCAUCACUUGCUUUACCGUGGGCAGGCAUGUCAGCUGAUUGUUUAAAGGGUCUGAAAUCAGACGAGGAGUUCGAAAGCUGCUUACGUGCUGUGAAUAUAUUGCCUCUUGCCGAGUUUCAAAUAGGUCUUUGCUAUCUUGCUUUGCUUUCUGGGAAUCUUGCAUCUUCGCAGGUUUAUGCAGCCAUCAUGCAGGCAGUACAGCGAUCACCUCAAUCUGCUGAAGCUCAUAAUUUAAACGGGUUAGCUUGUGAAGCACGAUUUGAGUAUGAGAGUGCUGUUGCUUCGUAUAGGAUAAGUCGCUGCGUCAUGCACAACUCUUCUUGCAAAUCUUCAAAGUCUCAUUUCCGAGAUAUAACAAUCAAUUUGGCUCGAUCUCUCGUUAAGGCAGGGUGCGCUUUGGAUGCUGUUCAUGAAUGUGAAUAUUUGGAUAAGGAAGGUAUGUUGGAUACUGAAGGAAUGCAGAUAUAUGCUUAUGCUUUAUGGAAACUUGGGGACAACAACCAUGCCCUUGUUGUAGCACGUGCUCUAGCUGCUGCUGUUUCGACAGUCGGGAAAAUAUCUACAUCUGCUAUUGUUAGUUUUAUCAGCAGACUGCUUUAUUGCAUUUCUGGAAUAGAUCUAGCAAUCACAUAUCUGCUAAAGAUGCCGAAUGAAGCCUUUGACAGCACAAGCGUUAGCCUAGUAGUGCGCGCUAUCCAUGCUCUUGACCAGAGUACGAGGCUUCAGUCAACUGUUUCAAACAGAUGUUAUCUCCUUUUUUCUGGUGCGGAGGCUGUCGAAAUGAACUAUUUGAUGGCACUUUCUGACCUGGUGAAACAUGGAUCUGGUGUUCACCUUGCAUAUGGAUGUGGCAUUACUCAGCUGAGAAGAGCUCUCCAUCUUUACCCUAACAGCAUCUUGAUCAGAAACCUUCUAGGUCAUCUUUUGCUAUCUAAAGAAUGGAAAGACACUCAUGUAGCAAACAGGUGCUGCAUAAUCCGUGCGCCAUUUGGACCACGCAAAGACGGCUUAAGAUCAGGAUAUGACAUUCUUGGUGCUGCUACGGUAUCUUGCUAUUCUAGUGGCAGUCAGGACCAAAAGUUAAGUUUCCCCGCAUGCAAUUGUAUGUGUCAGGAAACUCCAAGAACCAUCCACGAAUUGCAGAAGUAUGUGAUUUUAGUUUGAUACUUGCGCCAAGAGCCAUGGAAUGAUAGUGCAAGAUACUUGCUAAUCCUUAAUCUUUUUCAGAAGGCACGUGAAGAGCGAUUCCCUUCACAAACUUGCAGCACUCUUCAGAGGCUUAUCUCUGCUGCUCUGUCAAAGAGAGAGCCCCCAAGUGACUGCAUGUUUAACCAUUAUAAGAAGUUUCAACUUCUGCUUGGUGCUUCUGAAAUUAGUUUGCACUGUGGCAAUCUUACUGAUGCCGAGGUCUAUGCUAAAGAUGCAUCUUUACUUCCUCUCCCUCAUAAGUAUCUGUUUUUUGGACACUUGCUAUUAUCUCGAGUUUAUGCUGCCAAAGGUGAUCAUAUGAAUGUUACACUAGAAUAUGCAAGAUGUCUGGAGCUGAAGACUGAUUAUCAUAUUGGAUGGAUAUGUCUCAAAAUCAUGGAAUGUCAAUACGCUUUGCAAGCUGAUUCAAGUGUAUUGGAGUUGAGUUUCAGGGAAUGUUCGAAACAGUGGAAAAAAUCAUGCGAUGUGUGGAUGGCCCAAUUCAAUUUGGUUCUGGGUUUAGCAUAUCUCUCAAACAAUGAUCCUUUUUCAGCUGAAGAUUGUCUUACACAAGCAUGUAGGCUGGUGGAAACCGAGAGCUGUUUUCUUCUCUGUCAUGGAGCCAUCUGUAUGGAACUUGCCAGGCGGUUGUCUAGUUCCCAGUUUUUAGUGCGUUCGGAAAGGAGUCUGGUUAAAGCUAGCCAUCGUUUUGUGAUUCCUGUGCCUAUCACAUCAUUACUUCUAGCACAAGUUGAAGGGAGCCUUGGUCGCAGAGAAAAAUGGCAGAAGAACCUCCGCCUUGAAUGGUAUUCUUGGGCACCAGAGAUGAGACCAGCAGAACUUUUCUUUCAAAUGCAUUUACUUGCAAGAGAAUCCGGAGCUGCUGCUGCUGCUGCUGCAUCUUCAAGCCUGGAGUUGUGUCAAAGCCCUGAACAAUGGGUUCUUAGAGCAAUUCAUAGCAAUCCUUCCUGUUCUAGGUAUUGGAGGGUCUUGAAGAAGCUUCUUGACUGAGCUGCUCAACUGAAAUAGCACGAACUUCGGUACAAAGUCGGUGGAAGGCGCGAUCUACCUAUAGAUGUUGAUGGUCUUAUUGUAGUUGGUUAUUAUGUGCCAAAACUCUCGGUUCAUGUUUAAUCCAACCUCUGCUCUCAGCUCUUGCUUUUCAGACCACCUGCUGGCUUGUUGCAUGCUGCACACCCAGAUUAAUAUCAAGAAGCUGUUGCACUAGUUUAGCCUCAGACAAUGUAAUUCACUGAAUCUGCUACUGUUUUUGUGCAAGUCAAGGGAUUUUCUCCACGGGAUUCGUUUGUCUUCUUUACAUGCGAAUUUAUGUCGUAUUUGGCCAUCAAAUUUGAAAUGUUGAACUGUUUUCAAAUAUGUAAGUAGAGGUGUGAAUUUUCCAUCUAAUUCAUCCACUUAAAUAUUUAAUUAAUUCUAUUCAUUUAAAUCAAAUUCAAUUGAAUUGGUG